CUCUAUUAUCAGGCAAACAAAAGAAAAAACAACUGCAUUCCAGCAGCAGAAAAGCCAGGCUAAAUUCGCAUUACUGUUAAUAAUGUCAACAUUUCCAUCCUCAGCAUUAAUAUGAAUUUUACAUUUUUUCAAACUGCUAAAUAAACAAAAUAGAUCUCUAGGUAGUAUAAGAAUAUAACGAUUUCUUUUAAGUCUACAAAUAAUUGACAUCUGCCAAUGUUGUACCACAUUCUCAGGUAGAAAAAAAUGUGUUUUCCCUACUAACACAGAAAGCAGUUCCAUAUUUUAAUACUCCAAAUAGUUCAAAUAAAUAAGUAGUAUUGUUCCUCCUUGGCCACUUUCAAAUGUUUUAACAGACCUUUCAACUAACUUGGCACUGUCUGCCUCUCAUACCACGUCUGCCUAAAGGUCCUGCAGCCAAAGUAAACAUCUUGUGUUUAACUAGCAAAAGCCAGGUUGGAAAGAGAAAUUUACUAGUUGGUCAUAAGUUGGAAUGGCUAAAUCAGUGAUGGGAAAAUAUUUCUUGGUUGUCUGUCACCUUUUCCAGGUUGAAGGUUGCCCUCCUAUCCCUUUCUCACUAUAAAUUCACAUACGCACAUACAUAUGUGCAACUUUUAAUUUGUUUUUAGUAAAAGAAAAUGAAGAACAUAUGAAAUUUAGCCACAAAAUUAACAGUCUUUCAAAGUAACAUUUGGGAAAUACAAGCUUUUCAAGAAAACAUCCUAAAGUUUUUCCAACAAAAGCAUUUUGGCAGAAGAAGUGAUUUUUAAAAAGAACCCCAAAAUUUAAAGCAUUAUUGAGAUUAAUUUCCAUUUGUGAGGGACAGAGGGAAUUUAGUUACAGGGGAAGACAGUGACAUUUCUUAACAGUUCACUUCAUCAACCUUAUCAAUUUUAUCUCCAUCCACAUAAAAGCAAUCAAAUCUUGCAUAUAACUGCUUCUGUUGCUCUUCCAAGAUAUAACAGCUCACUUCUCAUAUUGCAUUAGCAGCACUGUAAGCCACUAUUUUAGAUCUCCCUUAGGCUAAUUGGGUAGGUUUAACUAAUCCAUGACAGGGUAAAAACUACGCAUAGAUGAAUUGAAAAUCAAUAGAUUGAACUAGGUAUUUAGCUGUAGCAGCAUUAAACAAUUUCAACACUUUUUUUUUGUUUUUUCCUUUUUUGAUCAAUAUCUACUUUGGCAAAUCCACUGAAUUAAGUCAGGCUAGUAUAAAGCAUCAAGUUGUAGUCAAUGUCACGAGUAUCAAAGCUGUGACUGGUCCUCAAACAAGGCACUCAUAGUGUUUUCUGAUCCUCCACAUUUUCUGAUGUAUAACUACACCUAUUUAUCUAACUGCUAUAGCUAGAAAAAGUUUAAAAGUAUUCAGGAAUCAUUAGCUCGGAUUUAUUCUUUUAAAGGAAUUCUCAUCAAAUUCACUUUUAAGUCCCAAAAUUUGUCUUCUAAAAUAUCCCUGGUAGAUGGCACUACUUGUCCUAACUCAUAUUUGGAGGUUCCUCCUGCCAUAAAUCAGCCCCAAAAUAAUGCUUCUAUCCGUAGACCACCAAAUAUUUUUUAAAGAUCAGUUAAACUGUCUUCUGGGACUCUUGAUCUUCUUUAUGGAGGGAAAAAAACACCAUCACACUAACCAAAAAGAUAAUUAUUUUUUGAAUCAUGCGAGCAGUCUGCGCAAUUCUAUGGGGCAGUUUGUGUUCUGUAAGCAGAACUUGUUCAGCUGAAUCAGUAAUUAAAAGCAUAAGUCAGCUUUUGAGCUAAAGAAGGUGGCUCUUACACUAUUAUCUGUACUAGCCUUUUUAGGAGAUAAAGACUAAUACUACCUAAUGUCACUUACACAAAUAUUUAGCUUUUCUCAUUGUCUGCUGUUUAAAGCAGGUCUUUUGAUACACCUACAUUUCUAGAAUACUCAUACAAACUACAUCUGUUUAAAGUGAUGAAAGACAACAGCUCUGGAGUUCUUUCUGGGAAUGAGGCUGUGUAGUCUUUUUUGUUGUUGUUGUUGUUGUUUUUGUUCUUUUUCUUCUUUUCUGUAAAUUUAUGUGAAUCAGAGAUUAUGGAUGUGGUAAUUUCAUAUGUUAUCUUGAGAUACAAGGUUAAGGUAAAAUCUCUCUUAACACAGAAAUGUUUAUGUUCUGUAUAGAAGGAGAUCUUUAAUACUGAGGUACUCCUCAUCUCUUCAGUCUUUACUGUUAGUAAAAACAGCAGUUGCUCUGAUUUCCCAGAAAAAAAAGUAUUUAAUAUAUAAGUUUAACUACAACACACGUUGUCUGCUAAAGGGAAAAUAUCUGCUUUUCCAAUGGGUGUGGAAGGAUUUAUCUUUCACUUUCUUUAGAAUCGCUCAAUCACUGAGUGAAGUUCUAGGAAUGCACUGUAACAGACACCAAAGCUGUUCUCUCCAGAUCCACUGCUUCACAGAAUACUCCAUAAUUGGUUAUGCAUAUUUGUUACAAACCUGACUAUUUGCCACAUACCAACUGCCAUAUUUUGCAGUUCAGAAGGAAGAAGUUCUGUUCAAAAUCGUAAGAACACACAAUAGGAUUUCCAGCCUCCUCACUCAUCCAGCUCCAAAGCCACUUUCCCCAUAGCAUCCAACAGAGAACUGCUGCGUGGAAAAGGCUCCUGCCAAAUCCUAGUUUUGUGUGCUCUGGCAUUUUGAUGGAAAUAGUUUGGUGUUAAAAAAAAAUAUUUUCCUUUUCCAGCCAUGUUCUUUUUCCACUCUCCUUGUAUUUUGCACCAGUACAACUAUUUCUUUUUUCUGUAAUUUGAUAAUUUAUUUUUAGGCGACCAGAACUGGCAGUUCUACACCAUCUCUUGGACACAGAAAUGGUAUCUAUGCAGGCAGGUGCAACCAGACUCUGCUUAUACCCUGGUCUGGCUGCACACAAAGCUGCAUUAGCAUGGAUGUCCCCUUGCUAACACAUGUAUUGUGCUGCACCACUCUAGGUGGUCACACAGCUUCCACUAAAGGCCUAUUUCACAUCCACUUGGCUUCUGCAGGAUUGCAAAAGUCUGGUGCCAGCUGUAUAAACAUGUCCAAUGUGUUCAGAGGUUUAAACAGAAAAAAGCAGAAUUUGCUUUGUGUAGCUGGCCAGAGGCAUAAAAUACCCUGAGGAGCACCUUUCUGUAAAGCUGCAGCUUCUAGAGAAAAUACAAACUCUCAAGAACCCAAAUGCAAGUACAACAAAUCUUCAUGGGGUCAGCUAGACAUUAGCAAUGGAAAUUGUAAUGCAGGACUUGUGAAGAGUUAAUAAAUGACAGCCAGAGGAAAAGUACAACCUGCUACCACAGACACAAAUAGAAACUGGCAUCUCAAAUUUACUUGUGUACCUUUGGCAAGUCACAGAAAGGGUUUUAUGCCCACUCUUCUGGUCAACAAAAAAGGAGCUGCUUUGGUGUCUCUCAGCAGAACUUGCCAGAUGCAAGUCCAGUCAUGCAUCUGUCAACAGAAACAUUCUGAAGGGCUUCACGUAGGUCAUGUAGCUUUGGGCCUGCCAGAUUUCCUUUGUUGAUUCAUAUUUGCAGUCACAGCCUUACUUCUACUUUAGCCUUUCCUGUUUAAAGUAAUUUUCUGGCUUAGAAGAUACACUUCAGACUAAUUUAGCAGACUACUCCGACAGAAGAUCUUUGACAAAGGAAAAAGCUUCUUUCAAGCUCACAGACACAAACAAAAUAGAAGUGCCCUGAAUUCCAAACCUGACCUGAUGGAGUGGACAGCAUUCUUGGGCUGUCACUACAGCAGGAUUUCAUCACCAGCCUGAGUUCCUCUGCAGCUUCUUGGAGCCAAGAAGCAGAACAAAUUUGGAAACAUGCAUUUACAAGUAUCUUUACUGCUGCUGUUUUGUCUGAACAUUGUCCAUGGUGGUGAUGGAUAUUUUUCUGAGCGAUAUCAGAAACAAUCUAGCAUCAAGGGGCCACAUUUUCUACCAUACAAUGUAAAGAGUCAAGGUGUGCAGGUAAGGGGGGAACAAGGACCCCCUGGUCCCCCAGGCCCCGCUGGACCAAGAGGACAACCAGGUCCUGCAGGAAAGCCAGGGUUUGGAAGUCCGGGUCCCCAAGGCCCCCCAGGUCCCCCAGGACCACCUGGGUUCUCUGCGGUUGGAAAGCCAGGAGUGCCAGGUCUGCCAGGAAAGCCAGGAGCAAGAGGACUAAAUGGUGAGAAAGGAGAACCUGGACCUGCAGGACUCCCAGGAGCAAGAGGGCCACAAGGGCCGCCCGGCACUCCCGGCCCCGCAGGACUGACUGUCCCUGGCAAGCCAGGACCACAAGGCCCUCCAGGAGCUCAGGGGCCAAGGGGACCCCCUGGUGAGAAGGGAGAGCCAGGUAUCCCAGGCAUAAAUGGACAAAAGGGAGAAAAUGGAUUCGGAAUUCCAGGCCGCCCCGGUGGCAGGGGUCUUCCAGGCCCACAGGGACCCCGGGGCCCCCCUGGUCCUGCUGGGAUUGGGAAGCCUGGUGAAAAUGGCCUGCCAGGUCAGCCGGGUCUGAAAGGUGACCGAGGUUUUCCAGGUGCACCUGGAGCAGUUGGUCUCCCAGGUCCCCAGGGUCUCCCAGGUGAACCUGGAGAAGCUGGCAUUGGGAAGCCUGGGCCAAUGGGACCACCAGGAGCAGCAGGUAUCCCCGGAGCCAAGGGACAUCCUGGACCUGCAGGGUUGCCCGGAUCCCCAGGACUCCCAGGUUUUGGAAAGCCAGGAUUGCCAGGGAUGAAGGGACACAGAGGGCCUGAAGGUCCUCCUGGCCUUCCAGGACCUAAAGGAGACCAAGGUCCAGCUGGUGUGCCAGGAGAACCAGGGCCGGUUGGGCCACCAGGGAACAUGGGCCCUCACGGACUCAAAGGUUUGCCCGGUGAGAAUGGCCUACCUGGGCCCAAAGGUGACAUGGGUCCUGCAGGCCACCCAGGAUUCCCAGGGGCCAAGGGGGAACGAGGCCUACCAGGAUUAGAGGGAAAACCGGGAUACCCAGGUGAGCAGGGUCUUGCUGGUCCUAAGGGACACCCAGGUCUCCCAGGCGCAAAAGGUGAUACAGGCCCUGCUGGGCUACCUGGGCUGCCUGGUCCAAUGGGUCCGCAAGGAGCCAAGGGAGUGCCAGGGACCAAUGGUGAGCCAGGCCCCAGAGGGCCUUCAGGAAUACCUGGCAUCAGAGGUCCCAUCGGUCCCCCUGGCCUGCCAGGAGCCCCUGGUGCAAAGGGUGAGCCAGGAGCACCAGGACUGCCGGGCCCAGCAGGCAUUUCCACAAAAGGCUUAAGUGGACCCAUGGGACCCCCUGGACCCCCUGGUCCUAAAGGCAGCAAUGGUGAGCCAGGCUUGCCCGGCCCCCCAGGUCCUCCUGGGCCCCCUGGCCAAGCUGUAAUCCCACAGAUGCCCGAAGGCUAUGUUAAAGCGGGAGAGUCUCGGGACCUAUCAGGGAUCUCUUUCAUAAAAGGAGGAGUAAACCAAGCUCUGACAGGGAUGCCGGUGUCUGCUUUCAGUGUCAUCCUCUCAAAAGCCUACCCUGCAGCAACAGUGCCCAUCAAAUUUGAUAAAAUCUUGUACAAUAGGCAGCAACACUAUGACCCCAGAACAGGAAUCUUCACCUGCAGGACCCCUGGACUGUACUAUUUCUCCUACCAUGUACACGCAAAGGGAACAAAUGUUUGGGUUGCACUCUACAAAAAUGGUUCCCCGCUUAUGUACACCUAUGAUGAGUACAAGAAAGGAUACCUUGACCAGGCUUCUGGCAGUGCUGUCAUCGAUCUCAUGGAGAAUGACCAAGUAUGGCUCCAACUGCCCAAUUCAGAAUCUAAUGGUCUCUACUCCUCUGACUAUGUUCACUCUUCUUUCUCAGGUUUCCUGUUUGCUCACAUCUAAUAUCCAACUUACCCUAUCCUGACACACUCUCCUUCAGACCAUGUUAACGAGGUACUGCUCUGAUUUGUCCUUAAGCAGGUCAUGCAACUUCAGUGUUGCAACAGGAAUGGAGGAGGAGGAGAGAAAGUGGAAGAGAGUUGUUCAAACGUAGCAGAAUAAUAUUGUAUGUUUUUAGAGAAUUGUAAUAAAAAAAUUGUUUCGAAUGAUGAUUAAUUGUCUGAAUGCAACAUAAAAAUUUUAUGAAUUAAUACUAUGCACCAGUCUCUGUCCUUUUUUCCUUUUUUUUUAUUUUUAAAAGGAAAAUCAGUAUUUCUACCACACCUCAUAACACAAUAAAGGAUGCUAGAUCAUACUUCACUAUACUUAAAUUAACUGAAGGCAUUUUAUUCCAAAUAAAUGGUCUCAAAUACGCCACAGUCACCUCAACAGCUGGACAAUACACUUCAGGAACAUUCUACAUCCAGCUUCAUUUUUAAGCUAUCCAACAGGAGACAAUAGAGUCUAAUAGAGUCUCCUAUCCAACAGGAGACAAUAGACUAAUAGAGUCCAUAUCAUAAUCACAGUUUUCAUUUAGUUCUACUGUUCUUAUUAAUCAAUAACUACCUUGGAUAAAGGUGGAUUUACAAAUUAUCACAUGUUACUGAAGAUCUAAAGUUUCACAAUAUGAAAAAGCAACCAGAUUUGAAGUCUCAAAAUCCACUCGGCUUUCUUUAAUGCACAUUGAUGCAACAAACUAGUUCAGUAUUUUUAAAUCUCCAAACAUUCUGUAACAUUCAGAGUACCAUAAACAACAAUGACCAAACCUUAAAAACAUAUCCUCCCAAGCAUGCAGACACUUACAAAACAGAACAGCUUUACUACCCCGAAACUGGAUAUAAUCCUUGCCCUGAUUUUUCCCGAACAGUUCAUUCCUUUAAAACACAAUAGUGUGAGGAAUAUGUUUUACUUAUUUGGUAAAUUUAUAAGAUGAUGGCAGUAAUUAGUCAGUAGACAUAACCAUAUUUACCAUACAAACACGUCUCACAAAAAGUAGUUAUUUCAUCGAUUUGUUAUGCUACUAUGAAAAGUUAGCUUAUGAAUUAUGAAACCUUAACAGGUUGAUCACACAUUUCUUCCAGUGACCAUUGCCAUUCAUGUGCUUUAAAAGUAUCAUAUACAUCAAAACCUUAAGAACCCUUAAAUCUACUAUAGUUAGCUUUUCUUUUUUUUAAACAGAAGCUUUUAAUCACUUGCACUGAAAGUAUGCAAGCCUAUGUUUAAAUUUUUCUGAUAUUACCAUUUCUUCAUGAAGGCAGAACUUGAGGCUUGUUAUGUUGUGUACAUUUGAAAUCAGCAAUAUCCUUAAUACUUGAUCAUACACUGGAAUUAAUAAAAAAGCUAGGAUACUUUUUGCUUGAUGGUUGACCCAUCAUUAGCAAAACUAUAUAAUGUUUUGGAAACUAUAAAGACCUACCAUGAAAGUAACUUUAAGAAUUUUUUUCUUCCUCUUUUAAGUGCUGCUGGAUAAGGAAACCUAUGGUUUAGGCCACAAUUCAGCAAAAUAAUAAAUGAACAUUAGUUCAAUAGUGUUUCCCAGUAUUUAAACAUAGCACAUCCUGCUGCCCAUCCACUCUACCAACUUGGAACUUUUGUUUCAGAAACAAACAGAGGGACUGGAUAUGGGAGCUGGAAAAUAUGACUAAGUAGUAGGUUUCUGGUUAAUUAGUUCACAUAUGAAAUCUAUGCCAAAGCACAUGCUUGAAAUUGUUGGAGAUGCUUGGUGCUCAGCAGCUCAGGACCACAGUGACCUGUUAUUCCAAUUAAUUUAAAAGAAACUGGGCCCAGGCAGCAUUCUUAAAAGCAUAGUUCACUAACCCUAAUCAUCCAUCCAUCCAUCCAUCCAUCCAUCCAUCCAUCCAUCCAUCCAUCCAUCCAUCCAUCCCUCCCUCCCUCCAUCCACUUUAAAUCAGGUUUUGUGCUUUAUGUCUUCAUUCCUCGAACAUGUGGGACUUCAAAUAAGUCUACAUGUUGGAACUUCAUGCCUGGUUUUUUAAGUCUUUUCAUAUUAAGUUUCAGAUAUUAAGUCACUAAGAAAGCAACUCUUAAAACUGAAAAGCUAGAGAUGAUACAGCAAAUUGCGGCAAAAGCACAACUUAUACUUUGAUUUUAGCUUUGGAUUUUCAGUUUAGGGGGGACCUUGAGAAGGUCUGUAAGAUUUUUAAGUUUGUUUUUUAAUAUUUUCUCCACAAGAAGAUUAGCAAUUUAACCAAAAAUAAAGCCCUUCCAAGCCCACUAUUUCUUCUGCAUCUUGCAUAUUAAAGGAAAGAAAAUCCAACAUGAGAUUCUAAGAGCCUGUUAUAGUGCAAAAUCAGUUCCAAAGAAGUACUGAAAUUUCUGAAGCCUUAAGUGAUCAAAAACAAGAAGUACUCAAACAAUCCCUUCUGUAUUUACUUGGAAAACACAGCAAAGAAAUGUAACAAGUUAACUUUUCACUUGCUACUUUGGUGCAGUUUUCACAAUUAAGACAAAUAAAGAUAUCUCACUACUGUUACAUCAACAUUAGGAACUACUAAUAUUUUGCACAAGUUUAGUUUUCCUUUGGCUAGAAAAGCAUCUUUGCUUUUUGUUUCUUAUGUCUAAAGUUGCAUAUUAAAGACAAAACAUAUAUAUCACAAACAUCUAGAUUUGUUAUCUUCUGCCAAGACCAUAAACUUGUGAUCAAAACCAUGUAUCCUAACAAGCCUUGUUAUGGGCAAUUUAUGAAGUCUGCUGCCAUACCAGCCAUGAUUUUUUACUUUCAAAAUUAAAUAUAAUCUUAUAAACUGAUUGAAAAUACUACAAAUAUAUAAUUCUAACUAUACAGCCAUAGAUGCCACAGUUUCAAAAAAUGUUAGGAAAAUUACAGGGAAAGGCAAGUCUUCCCAAGAGAAACUAGCCUUUAAGAUAAAGAAUGCUACAAAAUUCUGCUUUAAGAAGUUAUAUUUAGCAACAUUUCCCUAAAAAAGCCAUUGAUUUUUCUGUCAAAAAAGUUCAUCAAACCUGAAAAUUUUCACAAGGAAAUAAUUAUACAGUACUUCAAGCUCUUACUAAUCCUCUCAAGAGCACACUUUGAUUCCAUAAUACAUCCACAUAGCUUGAUAGUGUAAAAUACAUUGCCCCAUGAUGUUUUCUUUAAAAUUGCUCUUCAUUACUAUCGAUAAAACAUCCACUAAAUCAAACACAUUCAAGGUAAUAUUAACCACCUUACAGUCACAAACUAUUCCAGUAAUUAGAAUAAAGUAAUGAGAAUAAAAUGGAUUCUCAAGUAAUGUAAUGCUUAGUUGGGAUAUCAGUUACAGAGAGCUCUCUUGCAGGUAUUACUAGGUAAGAAAUGACCACAUUGCAAAUAUCUGCGUUCAUUGCUAUCUGACACCAUGCUUUUCUGAUAGCAUUGUUUCAUAGAUUUUCCUUUCUUUUUCUUUUUUGAGUUAUUUUUCACAACAAAAUGUCUAAAAUAACGCAAGACUAUUUGGGAACCUCCUUCCUCUUGCAAGCCUCAGCUCUUCACUUCUUCACAAGGAGAAGAGUGGGUUAAUACUCUUCAUCAAGCUGAGUCAGGACAAUCAUGCCUAUCUGAAAGAGCCAUCCAAAAAAAAUAUCAUAGGGCAAUUAUCUAAGGCAAUUACCAUAGCUAAGACAAUGAAAAGCAAAAUCCAUCAGACACCUGAUUAUGAUCAAAAAAAAUCCAGUGAAAAAGAGAAGGGACAUAGAGACACAAGGGCAUACUGACAACAAAUCAAAGUGAACUGCAAACACUCGGUGGAUUUCAAAAAAUAAAGCGGUCAGUCGUUCUGCUCCGCCACUGACAAUGGCACCACUAGAACGGCGUUUCGAGUUGGGAACUUUGCGUCCCCUCAACUGACCACUUAAUAAGUUUGCCUUUGAAAUUUUACCUUGACUAACUGUUAAUGAGCACUGUUUUUCUCUGAAGGGUUAAAACCUCUCCAAGACAUGGAGUUAAGUCAAAAGGCUGUGGUUUUCAGGCCAGAUUCUGGGCUAUGAUAGACACUGGGCUUCCUGGUAUGUAGAUGUUGGGAUCCAGGUUUGAGAGUUUCCUCAGGAAGUUAUGUGAGAUGUGAAAUUGAGAAAAAAAAAUCGCUUUGUCAGCAGUGAUAGAAGAUUAGUACCCUUA